AUGGCAGAGGUACCUUCCAUGACCACCAAAAUGGCGACUGUUAGCACAAACCACAUGCCAAACAUCAGGAACACGAAAAUAGUGCCACCAAGUCCAGUGACUGCAAAACUGCGUGCAAUAGUCAUGGACCACAGAACAGACGACAACUGUGCGUGCGCAAGCGACAAAGCCCACAGACGCAGAAAUCCAGUGUACAUCGAGAAGAAGCCCAUCAUCAGCAAGAUGUAUCUUCCGGAAUAUGCCAUGUCGAAUAUCUCGUCUCUCUUCAUCUUUGCAAUCUUCUUCUCGUUCAGCACAAGUGCUGAAGCUGCCAGAAACAUUAUGAAUCCGUGUCCCAGAUCACCAAACAUGAUCGCAAACAUGAAUGGGAACGUGGCCACCGUUGGAAGAGCAGGGUUGACUUCUCUAUAG